UGUCAAUUUGAAUCUGUCAAACUGUAAAACGCGAUUUUGCGAAUCGCUGACGAUUCAUUGAAAAAAUAAAGCAAAACAAAGCAUAAUUCAAUAAUUGAUGGUGCAUAGAGUGUUUCGUAAUUGAACCAGUAUUAUUUUCAUGUCAAGUUUAACUUCGGUGUACGUGAUAGUUUCGUGUUUACAUAGCCUGUGAUCAGCUGUUUUUAAAGAUGGGUUUUAUUUCAUAUUUUAUGGACAAUUAUACGGCGAGCAUAUACGAUAUAAUCGUGGAGUAUGUGGACACAGAGUACAGCCUAUGGCUGACGUGGUUCCUGAUGCCGGUCAUCGUGACCUUCCUCCUGCCGGCAGUCAUCAUCGUCCUCAUCUACAUUAGCGCUAUCAUCUUCCAUCUCUACAGGCUAUACAGAAUGAACGUAGUGGAUGGCGUACAGCCGGACUGGAAGCACGCAGCACGACUCGCCGUCUGCGCGUUAUGGGAUGCACACGGCUGGUUGUGGCAUGGUUACGAUAUAAAAGGCCUGGAGAACAUACCGGAUGGUCCGUUCCUCGUUAUCUAUUACCACGGAGCGCUGCCCAUAGACAUGUACUACUUCAUCGCUCGUAUGUUACUCUUCAAGCGACGACAUAUUCACACCGUGGCCGACCGGUUCAUGUUUAAAAUACCUGGUUGGGCAACCCUUCUUGAAGGCUUAUGCGUGAUUCCUGGUACAGUGCAGACUUGUGCAUCAGUGCUGCGUAACGGCAAUCCCCUUGCAAUAUCCCCCGGUGGAGUGUACGAGGCGCAGUUCGGUGAUCACUACUAUAGACUAAACUGGAGGAACAGGAUCGGAUUCGCUAAAGUGGCUCAGGAAGCUAAAGUGCCCAUAGUACCAAUGUUCACGCAGAACGUUCGAGAAGCGUUCCGAACUGUCGGUUGGCUGCGAGGCGUAUGGUUGAAGAUAUAUGCAACGUUUAGGAUGCCACUGGCGCCAGUGUAUGGCGGGUUCCCAGUCAAACUCAUUACGCAUCUUGGCAAGCCCAUACCAUACGACCCUGAGUUAACGCCCGAACAACUACAACGAAAGGAGAGCCACUACAAAGAAAUCGGACGCAUAUUCAACAACAUCAAAAAGGAUUCGACAUCAAGAAAAACAGAGAAGUACAUCGCAGAAAGAAGAUCGCGACUCACAGAAGUCUUCACCAAAGCAUCAGCAAACCAUUCACUAAUUGAAGACCAGGAGAUCUUAGAAGAACAUAUCUAUAUGAAGUCUAAUUACUUCGGGAUCAUCAAAGAGCUGUAUAAAGAUGCUAUGGAUUAUUUGGAACAAUGUGAGGCAAAACUUUCAAUUUGUCAGCAACCUUGUGUUCGGGACCCAGAAGAAGUCAGAACCAACAGUAACAAUUCAGCAAAAAUGAAUUUGCAAUUGUACCGCAUCAAUCAGUUGCGUCAAAACCUCGAGAAAGCAGCCUUGGCGAUUGAAGACGACAGAUCCAGCUAUCACUAUAAAACAUUGCUAGAAGCCUUGCAAAAACAGAUAGUUACGUGUACGAAAACAGGAACACAUCGACUUCGACAACACCCUAAAUCAUCAAAAGCUGAUCCGCCACACCCACAACGUGCACCAGAUCAAGGCAACAACCAGCCAUCUACAUGGAACGCCAUCUACAGCCAGCCGAACCAACUACUGAAGCCUCCCAGGAAGCAGCCGGAGAACCAGGACGCAGCCAAGGAUGACUCCAUAGAACUAUAUCAAAUGGAGUUGCCUGUCGCCCAUGCGAUAGAGGAUUUAGUCGAAGAACACCAGAGGAUUCCCGGCAGUAUCCUCCAAGCCCUCUUAGAGAGGGUGCAUGAAAUCCCCAAGAGGAGGAAAGAGCCUCCCCUCACCAAUGGAAAGUGUCAAAAUGGCACACUCAAAUCUACAGAGGAUAGUGAAAAAAGUGCCAGUGGCAAGUCAAAAGUUUCAUAA